CGGCUGUUAGUUCGUCUCCGUCAUGGCCGAAACAACUGGAGAAGAACCGCCAGCUAGCCCGUAUUUUAACAAAGAGAGAAUGAAACAUAGCCCCGAGGAGGAGGCCAGGCUCGAAAGACAGCAUUUCUGGAGAAUAAUCGAUGCUUUUAGAUUUUACAGGGUCCACGUCCAGGAGCAGGUGAAGCGUGCCGAGCGACAGUUCUUGAGCCUCCCGGAGCGCCACCAAGAGUUACUGCCAGAUGUUUUGUCCAAUCUGGCCCAGAUCAGCCAGUGUGCGGACCACAACCAGGAGAUCCUGCAGGGCAUCGUUCACAACAGCCUCCACAUGUUUGAGAACAUUGAAUACGGCGAGAGGGAGGAUCCGCGGAAGGUGGGACCAUCUACUACGUUUGAUAUGGACAAGCUUAAGUCCACCAUAAAGCAGUUUGUCAGAGACUGGAGCGAGACUGGUCGGGCAGAAAGAGACACCUGCUACCUGCCCAUCAUCCAAGAGAUCCAAAGACUAUUUCCAGAUGAUCAAUAUGAUGUGUCUAAGGUGAGCGUGCUGAUUCCGGGUGCCGGGCUUGGCCGCCUAGCCUGGGAGAUAGCACGACUGGGCUAUAUAUGCCAGGGAAACGAAUGGAGCUUCUUCAUGCUCUUCUCUUCAAACUUUGUUCUCAAUAGGUGUGAAACGGUGAACUCGCUGACCCUGUACCCGUGGAUCCACCAGUUUAGCAACAACAAGAAAUCCUCCGACCAAACGCGACCAAUCAUAUUCCCCGAUGUCAACCCCCAGAGCUUACCUUUAGAUGCAGACUUCUCCAUGGUAGCAGGAGACUUUGUGGAGGUCUACAGUGAACCAGAUUCCUGGGACUGUGUGGCUACCUGCUUCUUUAUUGACACAGCUCAUAACGUCAUCGAGUAUGUGGAGACUAUCUGGAAGAUUCUCAAACCUGGUGGAGUGUGGAUCAACUUGGGUCCACUGCUGUACCACUUUGAGAACAUGGCCAACGAGCUGUCUGUUGAACUUAGCUAUGAAGACAUUAGGACAGCAAUUGUUAACAUUGGCUUCCAUAUAGAGGUGGAGAAAACUUCCGUUCAGACCACCUACACAGAGAACGACCGCUCUAUGUUGAGGUACAUUUACGACUGCAUCUUCUUUGUGGCACGAAAACCUGCAAACCUUUACUUUAACGGUCAAGAAGAAGAAGAAGAAGAUUACGAUGACCAACAACAGAGCUCUCCACCGGCCGCAAAGUCACCACGGCGAGAAGCUACAGACUACCUCACGUGACAGGAAAUCCUUCGAAAAAAACAGUGAACUUAGUGGCAAAGACGGACAAGAGGAAUAAAAUAAAGUGGACCCAAAAAGAAAAAAAUCAGUGCACAAACAUUUUAUGUCAUCUAUAUUUUUAAGACGUGUAUCAUGGAGGAAUAUGCUAAACUCUGCAAGCCCUUUUUAAUGUGUAACACAAGGAUAAACAACUCUUCUUGAGAUACGUCCGUUACCCUCGAUUGCUAUUUUGUUUCAGUGCUUUGUGUGUCCACUGCUUUUUACCGCCGUCCUGCCUGCUUGACUCCUGUGGUCUUAAACACCUUCUCAUUUCCAUUGAAUUUCACUGCCCGAGAGAGAGCGUGUAUGUGCGUGCGCGUGCAUGAUAGCACAGCUAAUCUGCGUGAUAAGCUUUUUAAAAUGUUGUUAUAUAUUGUCAAUAAUCAUGUCUUCUCAUUUGCAUUAAUCAUUGGUAAAUACUGAAAAUGUAAUCAUACUAUGUUUAAGCUUUUCAAGAAUGCAUUGUUUUUAAGUUGCAGAUGGCUUUUGUCGUCUUCUGAUUUCUAAUCACCCUUUGGAAUAAAGCCAAACAUUAAUAACAUCUCCAGUUUUGUUCAUAACAGCACUUUAACGCAGCUUAAGGACGGAUGUAUUUAUUUCAGAUAAAUAGAUGUUUUGUUUGAGUUACAUGCUUGCUUAUAAAUUAAGAGGUAAGUUACAGGCGUUAAAAGAAACGAUGUAUCGGUGAAGAGUGACAACUUAAUAAAGUCAUUGAGAGUGAAAUAAACGACUAAAUAUAAAGGU